AGCGUCCGGCCCGACCGUCGCACGUCGUUACAUCCAAAAGUCAAGAUGGCUUCCGCUUGCGCCUCCAUGGCGGCCGUUCGCCCCACCGUGGCCCGUAAGGUGUCCCUCCCCAAGUCCCGCAAGGCUGCCGUCGCGCGUCGCGCGUCGGUCCCCGUCCGCGCGGUGGGCAUCGAGCAGGAGGUGGCCCUCGACGAGGCUCCCCUCACCCUACUCCGCGAGGGCGGCGAGGACGACGCCUCCUCCAUGCGCGCGCGCUUCGAGAAGAUGAUCCGCGCCGCGCAGGACGAGAUCGUCUCCGCCAUCGAGGAGCUCGACGGCCAGAAGUUCCAGGAGGACGCGUGGACCCGCCCCGGCGGCGGCGGCGGCAUCUCCCGCGUCCUCCAGGAUGGCAACGUCUUCGAGAAGGCGGGCGUCAACGUGUCCGUCGUGUACGGCCAGAUGCCCCCCGAGGCCUACCGCGCCGCCACCGGCGAGGGUGGCGGCGGCAAGGAGAUGAUCCCUUUCUUCGCCGCGGGCAUCUCCUCCGUCAUGCACCCCAAGAACCCCAUGGCGCCCACGGUGCACUUCAACUACCGCUACUUCGAGACGGAUGCGCCCGAGGGAGCCGAGGGCGCGCCCCGCGCGUGGUGGUUCGGCGGCGGCACCGACCUCACCCCGUCCUACAUCUUCAACGACGACGCCGCGCACUUCCACGGCACCCUCAAGGACGUGUGCGACAAGCACGACGAGACCUUUUACCCCCGCUUCAAGGAGUGGGCCGACGACUACUUCAUCAUCAAGCACCGCAUGAACGAGCGCCGCGGCAUCGGCGGCGUCUUCUUCGACGACAUGAACGAUCGCCCCCAGGAGGAGCUUCUCGCGUUCGCCACCGACAUGGCCGGUGCCGUCGUCCCCGCCUACGUCCCGCUCGUGGCCAAGCACAAGGAUGACGAGUACACCGAGACGGAGAAGGAGUGGCAGCAGAUGCGCCGCGGGAGGUACGUCGAGUUUAACCUCGUGUACGAUCGCGGCACCACGUUCGGGCUGAGGACCGGCGGACGCAUCGAGUCCAUCCUCAUGUCCCUGCCCCUCACGGCGAGGUGGCAGUACGACAUGCAGCCCGAGGAGGGAUCCAGGGAGGCUGACGCGCUCGACGCGUUCAGGAACCCGAGGACGUGGGUGGCUUAAAUUUGUCGUCGCUCAUUGAUGUCGUUGAUGUUUGAGGAGGAUGCGGAGGUGUGAGGGCCCGGGCGAUCGCGGCGGCGGAGCGGCGAGCUGAUGAAACGAGGAGGAUACGUGUAUGAACGCGUAGGAUUUUUCGCAGCACCCUUAGAGGUGCCGCGACGUACCAAGUUGUAUUUCGAGACCGAUCAGAGUCAGAAACC